AUGGAUGCAUUCAGAGCAGCUGAAAAUGAGUCGCUGUUGUCCAGUUCCUCUGGUCCUGCCAGAUGGGAUCCCUUCCAUCGUCCCUUGGACUCCAUCCAGCCCUGGCACUUCAGGCUUCUGGCAGCAGUAAUGUUGGUGGUGACCUCCUUGUCGCUUGCUGAGAACCUGGCUGUAAUCCUGGUAACUUUUAAGUUCAAGCAAUUGAGACAACCUGUCAAUUAUGUUAUAGUCAAUCUGUCUGUGGCUGAUUUCCUAGUCUCGCUGACUGGUGGCACCAUCAGCUUCUUAACAAAUCUAAAAGGUUAUUUUUAUAUGGGAUACUGGGCUUGUGUACUGGAAGGAUUUGCUGUCACAUUUUUUGGCAUUGUUGCUCUCUGGUCUCUUGCUCUCUUGGCUUUCGAGCGGUACGUUGUGAUCUGCCGCCCGCUAGGAAAUACACGCCUGAGGGGGAAGCACGCAGCCCUGGGCAUUGCCUUCGUGUGGGCCUUCUCCUUCAUUUGGACCGUUCCACCAACAAUGGGUUGGAGCAGUUACACCACCAGUAAGAUUGGAACUACUUGUGAGCCUAACUGGUACUCGGGGGCUUAUGCUGACCAUACAUACAUUAUUGCAUUCUUCACCACCUGUUUUAUGGUGCCUUUAUCAGUGAUUUUGGUAUCCUAUGGAAAACUGAUGCAGAAGCUAAGAAAGGUAUCAGAUAUGCAGGGCAGGCUGGGAGCUGCCAGGAAACCUGAAAGACAAGUGACUCGGAUGGUUGUGGUGAUGAUCGUUGCCUUUCUCAUCUGCUGGACACCAUACGCCGCCUUUUCUAUCCUGGUCACUGCAAACCCCUCCAUUGAGCUGGACCCUCGACUGGCAGCAAUUCCAGCUUUCUUUUCCAAAACAGCUACAGUUUAUAAUCCAAUUAUUUAUGUCUUCAUGAACAAACAGUUUAGGAAGUGUCUGAUUCAGAUGUUCAGCUGCAGUGCCAUAGAAGCUGCAGAGUCCAACAUGAACCCAGCUUCAGAGAGAGCAGUGCUAACCCAGGACAAAAGAGGCAGUGAGAUGUCCACCGUGGCAGUACAUAGCACUGUUUCCAAGAGGAAGACGGGAGAUGAACACAGGAACUGCUGGACCUUUGCUCAGUUGACAGCUUCAGAAAACAAAAUCUGUCCCAUGUAGGGUGUGAGAUGUGGUCACUGGUGCAGUGCUGCAGCAUAUGUCUUUGGAACUGCCACUUAAUACAAAACAUGUUGUCAGGGGGCCAUGGCGCUGCUGUGGGCACCGGCUCUCGAGGCACCAGGCUCCUGAGUGCAUGUGAGUGUCGUGGCUCUGCAGCUGCAGCCAAACACCAGCCAGAAGGUGAGUCCCUUGCCCCACCACGUUCCCCUUCCCAGGGCACAGCCUGCUUGCUCCUGGCAGUAACAGCAGGGAGCCAGUGUUGCUGUCAUGUAGCACAGUAAGGACAGGAGAGUUUCACACUGAGGACAGACAGCUGCUUGGUCAGCUGGACAAAAACGUGAAGUGGCACAUGGCUUUUAAUAUGCUAAUGGACAAGUCAGUAAUACAUGGCACACAGCUGACUUGCCUUCAACUGAUGGAGGCUCAGGGAGGAACAAGUCUGAGUGCUUUUUUGAUUUCUUUGGGGUUUUUUUACUAAAAAAGCAGAGAAAAAGGCUUCUACACUUGUGCCAGUCCUAGAUGAGAACCUUUAUCCAGGCCACUAAAAUCUCCAGCAGCUUGGACAAGCCAUCCAGACUCCCACACACUAUUUUAUCAAAACAAGCCAUAUCAAGAGCUGUUAAAAUCCUCUCUCUGCACUCCCUCUUUGCCAGCAAAAUCUUCUGUGCUCCUGGCAACUUUUGAUGUGAAUUAAUUGUGACUAGAUGAUUGUUGUAGGUCCCUUCCAACUGAACUAGUAACUCAACUUUAGAAGAGGAGUUAGUAGGGUGUAGGAAAGUGCAACUAUGCAGGAAUGCCAGAGAAACGGCCAGUUGGACAGUUUAGAGUUGUGAAGUUGAGCUUUGUGGGACAGAAUUUUUUUUCCCUGUGUGCCCCUGCACUGUUCAGAGCUAAGAUCUGUCACACUCUUGAGACCAUGUAGCUCCCCGUGACAAUUCUUUCUGUUUCUUAACAAUUACAAUUUUCAGAAUUCAGUUGUUAGAGAAUACAAAUACUAUGUGUGUGCCGGGCUGCCUAAUGUUGGAGCAUGUUGGGUGUCUGUAUGUCUGUUUGCACAAUUUGCAAUGUGAAUGCACUUUCUG